GUUACAUUUAUAGUGAUCAUGGGUAAAUUAUUGGGCCACGAAUUCCAAAUGAUUAUCCAUUGAGAGUAGUUAAGCUUAUGGCAUCUUUGGACAAUUCAAAGGCUUUGGUGGAUAAAGAGAUCUCAAUUAGGGCUAAUGCAAGUUGGUUGGAUGGUGAUUUUCGACUAAUAUUUGUUGAGGCGGAUCAUCUGGGGCAUUCUUCCAAAAUAUGGGAGAUGAGACAAACUUUAGGGGUGGCAAAAUUGAGAAUGAUGGUAAUCAUAUUCUAAAGGGUGAUGUACCAUUUCAAAGAAGCAAAAGCCAAAGCUACUUGGAAACUGGGAGAAUAUAUGGGCCUAAAUUUUUGCAAUGACAACAUUAAAAAGUGUGUUGGGACCCUGGUUUAAAGGGAUACAAAAGAAUUUAACAGUUGGUAAGGAGGUUACAAAGGAUUAUUAAAAGGUUUAAAGGCAAUCAGUUGCAUUGGGCUGGGUAUCAUAUUUUGUUAUAUUCCUUAUUAGGACUAUCUUCUUAGUUAUCUCUACUCAAAAGUUCAUUUCUAGGAUUGGGAUGUGGGAGCAACAUGUUUUCUAGUUCUUGGUUCUUUUCAUACUGGCUAUGGGGGCUUGGCUCUAUGGGGUAUCCUCAUUAGGAGGUGGUUUCUUUGAGUGGAUGGGCAAUUUUAUUUGAAUGUGGAUUUUGUCCCUUUUUAUGUAUUUUUUUAUGUGGUAGUCAUUUUCUUAAUUUCUAUUUUAAGGCUUGAAGUUUUCGGCGGGUGGCAAUUUUAAAUUCUUGUUCGAUUAGAUUGGGGUCUUUUUGUGUGUGUGUGUGUGUGUGUGUUCUAGAAGCUUUAAGGAUUCAAUUUCUCUUCCAGUGGAUGUUUGGUUGGGUUUCCUAAGGCUUUGAUCCAUUUACUUUUUGCUUUAGCAAUAGAUUGUUGCUUGUUUUUUCAAUGUUGUCAUGGUUGUGUGAUGUUGGCUUUGUGUUUAUGCGUUGAUUGUUGCUUGAGCUUGUUCUUUAUAAUAUUAGUUCUAUCUUUUUAUAAAAAAAAAAGGGGGAGAUAAAAGGCCAAAUUAGCCCGUAGAUUUUUCAAUUCAACCAGUUUUUUAUUUUUAUUUUUUAUUAAAAUUAACCCCUAAACUUUUCAAAAUCGUUCACUUUUCCCCUGAAAUGCUAAAUUUUGAAUUACUUAGGCCCUAAAAUACUACUUUGUUAGCUUUAAAUUCACCCUUGAAUUAAACCAUUCAAAAUGGUCAAGGGUAAAUUUUAGCAAAAAACAAAAAUUAUGGCUAUAACGUAAUGAAAAUAAAAAAAAAAAAAAUUGGUAUUCAAAUUGGCCUUUUCUUAAAAAAAAAAAAAAAAUGGUAUUCCUUGUAAUUCUCUUGUGAUAAUUAAUGGGUGGCGUGAAUUGUAAGAUGGAUGAUCUCUAUGUAGUUAGGAAAAUAAGGAAGAGAGAGAUUAAGACCUAUUAGAUGAGUGCCAUUAUUAUUUCAAAUUGCUUUAUUAAGCUUGAUAAGUUCUUGAAUUAGUCAACGACUUGAUCUAUAGAUAUGUUAUAGGUUUGUAAGUGACUUCAGGUGUGUAGUAUUUUCCUUCUAUGUAUGCAAGUGAAAAAUAAAAAAUAAAAAAAUGUUGUUUCUAUUUUUUUUUUACUCAAAAUUCUUUCAUGAUACAUUACAAGUUUAGUACACAAUUUUUUCUACUAAUUUUUGUCCUAAUUUACACAUGACAUUUUCAAUAUGGUUUCCUACUUCCAUGGUAAAUGUAGGUUGUCACAAGUAGUUACAAACUCCUUUCUUACUUUAAUCCAUAAAGUGGGCUACCUAAAAAAGCUUGGAGAAUUUAACUCAAUUAUUAUGGUUGGAUGGUUGCAAAAGAUUAUUUCCAAACUACUUGCCUCAAGAUUGAGUAAGUUCAUUCAUGAGGUUGUUGAUGAAGGGCAAGUGCUUUCAUUAUAGGGAGACAAAUUUAGCAAUGUCUUUGUUUCCAAAAUAUUAAGUGACAUGCUUAAAAAGAGGAGUAUGGUUGUGUACAUCUCAAACUCUAGUUGGAAAAUGCUUUUGAUAAUGGAGUUUACCCCCAUUGUUGACUGUCACUUACCCCUCACUAUCACCCCUGUUCAACUUGAUGGUGUAGCCAGACAUAACCCAUCUUUUACUGCCAUCACCAUAAUCCUUUGCAACAACCAUACAGGGUCAACCACACCCUAAAACCCCUUUAUAUUGCAUAAUUAAAGCAAUACAAUCAUUUAUUAUCUCUAUCUUUUAACACCGAUCUCUUGACUCAUCAUCGACGGACUUUCAAAGCCAUAGAUCGGCUAGCACUUGCUUGAAUCGUUCCUACACCAUUGCCCUUGCUAUUUUUCAAAGGGCCAUCCAAUCCAUCCAUGGCUUUUUGAUUGUUUCAUCCUUUGCAAUGAGUUUUUAUUGGAAGAUUUGGUUUGUUAUUUUUAAAGCCGAGUUUCUUGCUAGGAAGAGCUUGGAUCCCAUCUUUCUUGUUUGGGGUGAUCUAUAUCUUGUAAUGCAAGUUGGAUUUUGUGAUCAAAAGUAAUAAGUCUAAUUUAUCCUCUUUUAUCUUUAUCUUUAUAUUUAUCUAAUCUCUUGACGUAGCGGAAGCCAUCUAAUAACCCGUUGAUUCACUCACGAAUACCAGAUUAUAUGACUCAAUCAAUAACUCGUUGAUUCUAAAGAAUACCGAAGAAAUUGAAGAGAAUUAAGAGAUAAUUUCAACAGAAAUUUUAUUGAAAAUUUAUCAAUCGAUCCAAAAUCUCCUAUAAACAUAGAAUUUAUAGGUUAUAAUUUGGAAAACAUCCCAAAACCCUAAAUCUGGACUCUUACCAAAAAAGACAAGAUUCAGAUUCAUUACAGAAUUAAAAAUCAACAUGAAAUAAGAAAAAUCUCUCAAAACGGCAUGUUAAAAUUCACUUUCUAAUGAAAGUUAUUAACAAAUCAAUUAUUUCCUAAAAUAAAAAAAUUGCUAAUUUCAAGGCCUAAACGAAUAAAUUUGCCCGAAAAAGCAUAGACCUUACCAGCAAAUUUGGUGACUUGGAAUCAUUAGCCCGAUUCUCUUGAAAUUAGCCUUUAAAACCGUCCAAAUCGCACUUUUCAUAAAAUGCUAAACCCAUCUCAUCCACAUCAUCUCUCCUCAGUUUAGCAUUGUUAUUGUUAUUGCUUAUGGUAUGUUUCUUUACUUUUGCAUGUGGAUGCCAUUGGUUGUAGCUCCCUUGAUUUUCUUUCUUUGCAAAGCCUUUAUGACUAAACUACUCUGUUUAGUGUGUGUGUAUAUAUAUAUAUAUAAUUUAUUCUUUUUGUACAAAUCUUUAUAAGACAAGAAAAACAACCAUGGUGAUUACAAUGAAAACAAAAAAAGGAACAUCACAAUCAACUUCUUGAUCCACAUUCUAAAAUUAUUCAUUUAUUGAAUUUUUUAGUUACCUUCAAAAUUGUUUUAAUUUUCUUUUCUUUUACCCUUCCCAAUUAUCUUUAGUAGCCCAGUGGUCGAUGAUUGGGAGUUUAGAGUAGAGCAGUGUGAAUCUCAAAUAUUCUCACACUAAGUUUUAAUGUUGUCCUUGCCAUGAUGAUUAAGAUUUAAGGAUGAAGAGACUAAUGAUAUUAGUAUGAAAACUUCAUCGAAUAUUAUUACACCAUAAACGACAAUUAAGUAUUGUCUGACCCUAUAAAUCCCAAAUAAGACAACUAACCACAUCAUCACUCUAACAUCUAGCCUUAAUAAUAUGUAAAAAUAAUAAAAACACACGUGCAAUUGAAUUAAUUAAGGCAAUAUUCUUUUUUGGCAAAAGUGAGAAAUGUAUUAAUUAAUAGAAAGGUAGCCCACUAGCCAAGCAAAAACCCAACAGAAACCCAAACUGCUACCACACAAAACAAUCCAAAAACCUAUGCACUUGAGCCACAAAGAAAGCCCAAAAUUAAUUAAUUAAUGGAUUCUUCAUUUAAUUUUCUAUUCUCUAUUUAUUUUCCUAAUACCUCUGCUUUUGAUUUUAGAAUUUGAUAAAAACUUCUACGAGGCGGUGCGAAGUGGAAGGUUGGAAGAGGUGAAGAAGAUGCUGGCUAGUAACAAUGCACUGCUAUACAAUAGAUUUACGAAGUUCGAGGAAAAUGCUAUCCAAGUGGCUGUGGUUGCCGAACAGGAAAAGAUUGUUUCAGAGUUGUUAGAUCGAGAAAUAGAUCUAGAAUUGCUGAAAGAAGAAAACGAUUAUGGUGAAACGACGCUUACUCUCGCUGCUGCAAAAGGGAGGAUGCGUAUUGUCAAGAUGUUAGUGAAUAAAUACGACGAUUUAGCAGAUGUAAAGAAUGGUCAAGGACAGUUACCUGUUAUUGUGGCUGCUCUUUAUGGCCACAAGGAUAUAGUUCGUUAUCUUUAUGAGUGGACUCUACUUGAAAACCUUUUUGAAGGAGAGAAAGAAGAUCAAAGUUUGAAUACAGGCAAUAAGGUUCAGUAUCAAAGCAUGAAUAAUCGGUUUGGGCUUUUCAAAGCAUGCAUCAGGGCAGGAAUAUAUGAUAUUGCUUUGGAGGUUUUCAAGCUAGGUCCAGGUCAAUGCAUUGAAGAAAUGAAGGAGGAGGAAGGUACAACCCUAUAUCCACUAGCCCUUGCAGAUUUAGCAAAAGAAAAAAGAAAUCGAUUCUUGGCUUGGGUAAACGACAACAUCUCCUCAACCCCAUUGGAGUACGGGAAGAAGUACAUGGACAAUCACCUACCAGCUCUUAAAUUGUUGCGUAGAAUAAGUAAGGAAUUAUCUAGUUUAUAUAAGUAUGAUACUGAGACCAAAGUAACAGUCUUGGGGAAACCAAUGCUGAUGGCUAUUUUACAAGAGAAUGAGGAUUUUGUCAAAAUAGCUACUCAAGAUUGCCCUGAUGUGCUGUGGCUUGAGAUUGAUGGAUUAACACUUUUUGACCAUGCAAUUUCAAAAGGCCUUAGGAAAAUCUACAAGUUUGCAUUUAAAAGGCCUGAGACAAAACUUUUUGCAACCGUACGUCCCGAUCGCGAUGGUAACACUCUCCUUCAUCGAGCUGCAAAGUUAUCAUCGUCCCAAUCUCUUGGUCCAGCUCUACAAAUGCAGAUAGAGCUACAACGAUUUAAGGAAGUGGAGAAGAUGGCACCUAUGUGCAAAGGAUUAGUAAACAAUAAUAACCAAACUCCCCAAGAUUUAUUUGUAGUGGAACACAAGGAGCUUAAGGAUCAAGGACGAGACUGGUUGAAGGAGAUAGCAACAUCUUGUUCAGUGGUGGCAACCCUGAUUGUGACUAUAAUGUUUGCUGCAGCAUUCACAGCUCCAGGCGGCUAUAAAGAGGAUACUGGCAUUCCUACAAACUUGAAAUCAAAAUACUUUACAGUUUACAUAAUUUCAGAUGCAUUCUCAUUGUCCUUUUCCUGCACUUCAGCUAUGUUAUUCUUGGGGAUUCAUACAUCGCUUUUCAGAGAAGAAGAUUUCCUAAACAAGUUGCCGCUGGCUUUGAUGUCCGGCCUUUUCACUCUCUUCCUGUCCAUUGCAACCAUGUUGGUAGCGUUUGGUACUGCCUUAGUCAUAAUGUUGCCCGAAAACUUUGUGUGGAUCCCUAUACCACUACUUGUGUUAGGAAGUACUCCAGUGUGCAUUUAUGCAAUACUGCAUGUUCGGAUCUUCAUUCAAGUUCUCUGUUGGACCUUCCUAAACCCAACAAAUUGAGAAACUAUACAUCAGAGUAUGCUGAAGAAGAAAAAACAAAAUGGAUUAUCAUUUUUAUUUUUCUUCAUAAAAUGUCCCUCUUUCUGCCACGUUAGUCUUACCUUAUGCUUGCCCCUUUUUAUUGCUAUUUUCUUUUUUUAUG